UCACUAAAGUUUCUCUUAAAGCAUUUGCGGUGGCGGUAAACGUGGUAUAUGGAUAUAUAUCACACGCUUUGUGAUUUUAAACACGAAGCUCAGUUGAACGGGACGCCAGUGGUUGCGUGUAUGUCUUCUUCCUCUUUCUCCCUGUGAUCUUCCUGAAAACACCUGCGUGAUUCAGGUGAAGAGAAGUCCUUGGCCAUUGAGCGGCGAAAGUUUGUCCUGCAGGGAUGUGUUCCAGUCGGGGAAUAUGCGGCGACAACGACCGUUCCAACAGAUCCUCCAGCUCGGAGGGUUCAGGUUCAGGAGCUCACUAUGCCCUGUGCGCCCUUGGAGUGGGACUCAUAGCCCUGGGUAUCGUCAUGAUUGUGUGGACUGCGAUCCCGAAGGACAUAAAGAACUCGGGCGACGGCUCCCCCACGUCGAGCAACUCCACUGGCGCGGACGGCGGUAAAGACGACGAAGAAAAAGACGACACAAGUCCUUCAAUAGUGGCUAUGGUGCUGGUUGGAGUAGGGGUAGCGAUGUUGCUCUUAGCCAUUAUCCUCGGAGUGAGAAAUAAGAAGAGACAACGCAACGCAAGUAGCCAGCCAGUGGCAACUGGCAUCCCCCUCAUGAGCCAUGUAGCCAGGACGCAGGAGGAAAUAGCGGCAGACCGAGCGGCACACACCGUGCCGAGUUACGAGGAGGUUGUCGGCAGCGGCGACUACCUCGUCCGCCAGAGCAACCUUCGCAGUAGCACCUCCCAGCUGCCGUCCUACGAGGACAUCAUAGCCGCUGUGGAAAAUGAGGGGAGAGAGCUCACUGACAACCCUUCCGAGAUCACCCCUCUAAAUGAUCCCACACUAACGCAAACCGAACCUGCUGCCGAGAUCCAGACUGACCCCCCUGGCCUUAAGUCAAACCAGAGCCUGCUCACUCGCAGUGCAAGCCGGGCGAGCCGUUUACUGCGGCCUCUCCGGUUGAGGAGGGUCAAGUCCGACAAACUGCACCUGAAGGACUUCCGCAUCCAAAUCCGCAGCCCCACACAGAACCCAGUGACCAUUGAACCUAUCACUCCGCCACCGCAGUAUGACAAUAAGAUGCCUGAAUUAGGGUAGUGUCUCUCGCUUAUUGUCUGCUCCCAAUGAAUAUUAAUAACUUUGUUUCUGAGAACCCAAUUCCAAGGUUGGUGUUAAGUCGGUUAGAUGUAACUGGGAGCUGCGUGUUGGAGGCCAUGCACACGCACACACACACACACACUCCUGAAAUGAGAACAUUGUCUUCAUCACUGAAGCUUGUGAUUGGCGUAGUUAUUCUCUAAGUUAUAAUUAAGUCUGUGUGAAAGGAUAAGGUGUCAAUGUCGAGAUUUUGUUUUGGACUUCAAACCAUAACUGUCAAACAUGGGACAGCCUUUCGGUUUUAUUUAAUAGACAAUUGUGUGUUACCAUGGACAAUAUCCUGAACUUUUAUAUCUUUUUCACGUACCCAGGAAUUCUUAUUGUUACUGUAUAUUGAUGCUGAUUUAAUUGUGGAAUCAUUUGAACCAUAUUGGUGUAAUUCAAAAUGGGAAAUUAACUACCUGGGAGUUUUAAAUCAGAAUCAGAAUCAGAAACAGUUUUAUUGCCAGGAAUGUUUACACAAACGAGGAAUUUUUUUUGGCGGAAUCACAAGCAUUAGAUGUGCAACCUCUGAGAAAUAAUGCACUUGGCCAAAAUGUUUUGAUAAAACAGCUGUUUGAGUGAUUUUUGUAAGUUGCUUUUAAGUCCGAAUCAAACUUGUUUAAAAUAAAAAUGCCAUCUGUAUGACAAAAUAUUGGAAACUCAUUAUAUUCCACUGUAACAGUAAAACCAGAGGAAAAAUAUAGUAUAUUCUUGUAUGGGAAGUAUGCAUUGCUUUAUAUGUAUUAAUAUGUUUAAACGGUGCUGUAUGUUGUAGAUAAAGAGUGGAGA